CUUAGUAUAAAUAAGACGUGUACCAUUCUUUCAAUCAUAAUAAUUUCUGAAACUCUUUGUAUCAACCAAGAUGUUCAAGCUGCUGUGUUGCCUUGCACUGCUCUCUUUAGCCGUAAGUGAUGACGACUAUGGCUCGUACUACGGCAAAAGCUAUGGUUAUGGCUACCAGCCAUACUACCAAGGCGGCUUUUUAGGAUCUUACUAUGGGGGUCCAGGAUAUUUUCGUAAUUUCUAUGGAGGAUUCGGGGGUAAUUUUGGUGGCCGAGGAUUUAGAAGAGGCUAUUAUGGUGGAAUAGGAUUUGGGAGAGGCUAUUAUGGUGGUCCAGGAUUUAGAGGCUAUUAUGGUGGAAAAUUUAGAGGCUAUUUUGGCGGCAGAGGAAUUGGUAGAGGUUUCUUUGGCGGCAAAGGAUAUGGAUAUGGUGGCAAAAAAUACGGAGGCUAUUAUUAACAUCGUAUGAAAAUCUGUGUUUCCAAAGAAUUGUUAUAUCUUGAUGAUAAAAUAAACUAUAAAUAAAAAUAA